AUGGGUCGUCAUACGAAAACCGGUCAGUUGGCUGCAAUCAAAGUUAUGGAUGUUACAGAAGAUGAAGAAGAAGAAAUUAAACUGGAAGUGAAUGUACUGAAAAAGUUUUCGAAUCAUCGGAAUAUUGCAAUGUAUUAUGGUGCAUUUAUUAAAAAAUCGAUAAUGGGACGAAAUGAGAAUGAUCAGUUAUGGCUCGUUAUGGAAUUCUGUGGUGCCGGUAGUGUUACAGAUUUGGUUAAAUCAUCAAAAACUAAUUCAUUAAAAGAAGAUUGGAUUGCUUAUAUUAGUAAAGAAAUUCUAAACGGACUCUGGCAUUUACAUCAAAACAAAAUUAUACAUCGAGAUAUCAAAGGACAAAAUGUACUAUUAACAGAAAAUGCUGAAGUGAAAUUAGUUGAUUUUGGUGUAUCAGCACAAUUAGAUCGAACCAUUGGAAGACGGAAUACAUUUAUAGGCACACCUUAUUGGAUGGGACCUGAAGUCAUAGCAUGCGAUGAAAAUCCUGAAGCAACAUAUGACAAUCGAAGUGAUAUCUGGUCGUUAGGAAUUACUGCGAUUGAAAUGGCUGAAGGACAACCACCUUUAUGUGAUAUGCAUCCAAUGCGUGCUCUAUUUUUAAUACCGCGAAAUGUUGCUCCAAGAUUAAAAUCAAAAUGGUCAAAAAAAUUUCAUAACUUUGUCGAGUUAUGUUUAAUCAAAGAUUACACUCAACGUCCAUUCACUGAUAUCCUGUUGAAACAUCAAUUUAUUCGUGAUGUGCAAAAUAAUCAAGAGCGAACAGUUAAAUUACAAAUUAAAGAAUACAUCGAUAAAAUUCGUAAAACAAGAGGCAAUAACAAUCGGCAACAACAUCACCAUCAUGGUGCUAGCCAGAUGCAGGCUCAAGCACCAUUACCAAUGCCUCCGCCACAAAUUCAAGAAAUACAUCCGCAUGCCCAUCAUCAUCACCAUCAUAAUGCUCAACAACAACAACAAGUCCCUUUGCCGCCAUCAUCGAUUAUACAACCGGUCACUUCACGACAUAGAAAAGACGAUUCAUCGAGCGAUGAUGAUCUAGAUGUAGAUGAAGAAGAUGAAAUAUUGGAUCCAACCACGAAAGCCCCUCAAAAUAAUACGUUAAGACAAAAUUUCAAGCAAGUUCAACAAUCUCAACCGUCCAAACCUCUAUUGUAUACAAAUGUUCCUCCUGCUCAUAACAACAACAACAACAAUCAUCGACAGUCGCAACAUAUCACAAACGGGCAAAGCAAUGGACAAGGAAUGGUUGGUGUAUCAGCAGCAUCGCCUGUGAUUCAAUACCCACCACCUAUUGGUAUUACAUCUCAGCAACAAAAUCGUCAUUCAAUAUCAGACAUAAAACUUCAGUCUCAAGAUAACAACAAUCAUCGUUACCAAAAUUAUUCCGGGGUUGUUGUUAAUCCAAUUUUAUCUGAAGAAAAUCGACCACCUGUUGAUAUCAAACGGACGCCAUUUCCUUUUAAACCUGGGCCAGCUAUCGUUGUACCACGGAAACCGGAAGAAUUGGUAGCUGUAGUUCAAAAAUUGCAUGAAUUAGCACGUAAUGAUUCGGAUGAAAGUGAUCAAGAUGGAGGUGACCUUGAAGAUGAUGAUUUAGAUGACUUAAGUGAUCAAGAAGAUAAUUUGAAAGAGAUAAAUACAACAGAUGAAUUUGUACAAGUUUCUACAAAUUCACGGCAACAAAGAGAAUCAGAACAACAGCAAGCACCAUCUGGACAUGUUUUGCCUAUGAAUGUUUAUCGUUCCCGUUUAUCAGCAACUGGUGUUAAUAAUUCCUGGCCAUCUUCAUCAACUGAACAACAUCAUUCAAGUCAAGGUGCUGUAAUUGCCAAUCAUCGACUGAGUCAAUUGUGUCAACAAGUCUUGGCUUCAUCAUCAACAAACGGAAAUCAACAUGAUAUGAUGCCGGGAGGUGAUGAUACGCUAAGAGUUCGAAAGAAUAACAACAAUCUGUCAAAUGAACCCAAUGAAAAUCGUCGUAGUGCUGUUUUACCUGAUUUAUUACCAACUCCACCGGCAACAAUGGUUCUUGAUCAAACAGCAUCAGAAGAAUAUCGUUUAGCUGUUGGUAAUUCUCCAAAAUUACCAUCACCCUCAUCAGUUCCUACUAUGGCUCAAAUCUCUUCCUCUCAACAACCUCCUCAUCGUGCAUCGUCAAUGAUUGUCUCUUCAACAACUGCUACAAAUCCCACUCAUAAUAUCGCUUCAAUGAUCACAUCAUCAACAUCAAUUGAUUCAAAUCAAUUUUUACCUAAAAGAGAUUUUAACAUUGUGAAAAGAGGAUCACAAAUUGAUGUCAAUGUUUCUCCUCAACCCACUAAUUCAACUUUAACAUUAUCGGGCAAUGGUUGUGAUGCACCAGAAAUUAGAAAAUAUAAAAAACGUUUUAAUUCAGAUAUUUUAUGUGCAGCUCUAUGGGGUGUUAAUUUAUUAAUUGGAACAGAAAAUUCUCUUAUGUUACUUGAUCGUAGUGGACAAGGAAAAGUCUAUCAAUUAAUAAGUCGUCGUCGUUUUCAACAAUUACAAGUAUUAGAAAGUCAAAAUAUUUUGGUAACAAUUAGUGGAAAACGAAAUAAAAUUCGAAUUUAUUAUUUAUCAUGGUUAAAAAAUAAAAUUGUUAAAACAGAACCAAAUGAUCGUAAACCAGGCUUUACAAAUGUUGGCGAAUUAGAAGGUGCCGUACAUUUCAAAAUUGUUGGUCUAACAGUUAAAUAUGAACGUAUUAAAUUUCUAAUUGUUGGUUUACGUGAUAGUAUUGAAGUGUAUGCAUGGGCACCAAAACCCUAUCAUAAAUUUAUGACAUUUAAACUAUUUCCCAAUUUGCAAUAUCGUCCAUUAUUAGUUGAUUUAACAAUAGAAGAAGGCUCUCGUUUAAAAGUUAUUUAUGGAUCAUGUCAUGGAUUUCAUGCAAUUGAUUUAGAUUCAACUAAUUUUAUUGAUAUUUAUAUACCGUCAAAUUUUCAUGACGCUGUUGAACCACAUGCUAUUGUUGUAUUACCCAAUACGAAUGGAAUGCAAUUAUUACUUUGCUAUAACAAUGAAGGUGUUUAUUGUGAUACGUAUGGUAAACGAACAAAAAAUAUUGUUUUACAAUGGGGAGAAUUGCCCACAUCUGUUGCCUACAUAUCAAAUGGUAAAAUAAUGGGUUGGGGUAAUAAGGCAAUUGAAAUUAGAAAUGUUGAUACGGGAGCAUUAGAUGGAGUAUUUAUGCACAAACGAGCUCAAAAAUUAAAGUAUUUAUGUGAAAAAAAUGAUAAAGUAUUUUUUUCAUCAAUUCGUACCGGCUCAUCAUGUCAGAUUUAUUUUAUGGCUUUGAAUAAAAUGAGUUCAUGGUAG